CGAGGACCGUAUUUACCGAUUGUAAGGCGCUAGUAUGACGUUUGCGGGCGAAGGUUGCCGGUAUAGAUUUGGAAGACUAAACAAAAAUAUUGCACUGCAUACAUACGAUUUUAAUUGAUCGAAUAUCGAGUUGUCAUAAAGUUUUUGAAGCGAUCGACUCACGGAUACACAAAUGAAGUGUUGGGAAGAAGGUUGGGGCAACUGAAAUGUGAGAAAUUGUUACGGUGGAUUGAUUGAUAAGUAUAAGAGAGACAAGCUGCAUCAAACGAAUGGAUAUGAUAUGACCAAGGAUGCCUCAUCGAGCUCAACGAAUAUAUUUACAGGAUAUAUCGAGCAGAACGAGCAGAACAAGAACGGAUCACGAGAGAUACAUAAAGGCAACGGACGCAACGGAGAUAUGGCAAGCGCAGUCAUUGAGGCGAGGAGGAAACCGGCGCCGACUAUCUCCCCCACGGAUGAUGAUACGGUAGUACUGGGGGGUAAGAGGGCAGCCAUAAGAGAAGGGAGAAGGCUAAAGACGACGGGCAAAGAGAUUAGGAAUAAACAGAGUUGGGACUAUAUGUGGAGGACUGGGCUGGCGGGUGGCUUGGCUGGUAGUGUGGUAUGUAUUCUCCAUUUGCUAUUUUCAGCGGACUCUACCUAGGGGCUCUGCAGCACCGAAAUCUAGAGAUAAAGGCAUCUAGCUAACGCAACAUUCAACAGGCAAAAACUGUAGUCGCACCUCUCGAUCGAGUAAAAAUCCUCUUUCAAGCCAGUAACCCUCAAUUUGCCAAGUACACCGGCAGCUGGUUUGGCUAUAUAACAGCCAUGCGCGACAUCCACACGGACGAAGGACUCCGCGGUCUCUUUCGCGGUCACUCCGCAACAAUUCUCCGUAUAUUUCCUUACGCGGCUAUAAAAUUUUUAGCCUAUGAACAAAUCCGCGCUGUGAUAAUACCGAAACACGAAUAUGAAACCCCGUUUCGAAGACUUAUAAGUGGUAGUUUGGCGGGCGUAACUAGUGUGUUUUUUACGUAUCCGCUCGAGGUAAUGAGGGUACGAUUGGCAUUUGAGACGAAGAAAAGAGGGGUGGGCUUGGCUGAGAUUUGUAGGAGGAUUUAUCAUGAGGUUCCUCCUGCGCCAAGGACAUCUACAGCAGGAUUAGUUGCCGGUGCAGAAAAUGCAGUUCAGGCUAUAGUGCCGAAAAGUGGACUCGCAAAUUUCUACAGAGGGUUCUCGGCUACGAUUUUGGGAAUGUUGCCCUAUGCUGGAAUGUCGUUUUUAACACAUGAUACCGCGGGUGAUUUAUUAAGACAUAAAGCUGUGAGGAAAUAUACAACACUUCCUAAGCCCGAUCAUUAUGCGGAGAAUAAAGCAGCGCCUCUUAGAUCAUGGGCGGAAUUAUUUGCUGGUGGUAUAGCGGGGUUAGUUAGUCAAACGAGUGCUUAUCCGUUAGAGGUUAUUAGAAGGAGAAUGCAAGUUGGAGGAACGGUUGGGGACGGGAGGAGGUUACAUAUUGCGGAGACAGCGAGAAUGAUUGUUCGAGAAAGAGGGUGGAGGGGAUUCUUUGUAGGACUCACUAUUGGGUAUGUGAAGGUUGUGCCGAUGGUGGCAGUUAGCUUUUAUGUUUACGAGAGAGGGAAAGGGUGGUUGGGUAUUUAGGGCCUGGAUACGGAUUAGGGGGCUUUUUAUAGAUUCGGGAGAAAGUAACGGAUAGAUUUUGAGGCAUUUGUGGUGCGGUUAUUGUAUGUUGUAUGCUCUAUGUAUGUAUAUAUGCAUUCUUGUUUGAGAAGAUGCCAAGAUCGCGUUAUUGGAGGGUCCGCCUUUAUCAAAAUCCGAAGUUUAGAAUAGAAUUUAAAUUUUUUCAUCAUUUGACUUGGUUGGCACUGUAUCAAGGAAGUGAACAGGACCGAAUUUUUUGUAGCUAGACCAAGUGGAUCUUCUUCAUGUCCUUCAUCCUCGUCUUAUCUUUCCAGCGUACGAAGAUCUCAAUCUUGUAAGACUUGUGAUGUGGUACGAUAGCGAAGUAGUGCUUCAUACUUCAUCUCAUGUUUUCAGCUGUGAGGUCAAUUGCAUGAGGAUUCCUUAAGAUUCUUAAAGAU